CUCAUCCCAGGUUAUAACUAUAUAAUUCUUCUUAUAAUUACACCAUCACUGCUCCUUUUCUCAUAGAUAAUUUCAUCCUUCUGAAACCCAAAAUUGUCAAAUUUCACCCUUCCGAAAGUUCGGAUUAGCUUCUCAGUUCACUCAUUAAUCUUCAGGAUGUUUAAUCAGAAAUGCUGCGGUGCUAUUUUUGUUGAGCCCUGCUCUAAUAUUAGGGGGUUUUCUGGCCCAAUAUUCGUCGUACCCGAAAGCUGGGAUGAGGGUCCUUUGUGUUGGUUAUAUCUUGAUGCUGCUGGUGACUCUUUGGAAAUUCAUUUUGCUGGUCACUGGUGCUGAUUGUGGUCCGAAGUUCAAGAAACGAAGCCUUUAUGAGCUCGGUAUUUCUGUAGUUUAGGCUUUUGGCUCACUUCUUUCCCUGUUAGGCGUCUUCUCAGUUUCAACCAUGGAAACCAGUGCAUAUGUGUGGAUUGGAGUUGUUGGGAGCUUGCUGAUGUUCAUUGGAGGUUUGGCAAAUCUAUGCAAGCAGUUAUGGAUUGAGCAGUUGGGAAGAGAAUGGCUCCUUCAAGCCGAGCAGGAGUCACAGUAAUUUUUUGGUUGGUGUCAAUUCGGAUAACUAGAUGGAGUUUGGGUUGAUCUAUGACGAGUCGGGUCUACUCGGGUCGUAUAUAUUCGGUUCAAAAUUACCCUUUUAACCCGCCUCAGGUCGGAUCGGGUCACUUUCGGAUCGGGUUAAAUUCGGGUUUAGGUCGGGUCAACUUCAAAUCGGUUUAUAUUCGGUUUGGAUAAAUUCGAAUCGAGUUCAAAAUGAGUUUAAUCAGGUUAAUUUUGGGUCUGAUGAUUUUGGAUCGAGUUGGUUUUGGUUCGGUUGAUUUCGGUGUUGUUAAGUUCGGUUUGAUUUAUUAAGGUUGAUCCCGAAGUCUGAACUAUUUGUUACCGAACAAGCUAUUUUGGGAAAGCCAUUGUAAGAAAAGAGGAAAAGAGAAUGCAAACUCCUGACUUCCCCCUUUGUACAAACCGCGAAAACCCAAAACCAAAACCAAAGAAAUACUAAAACCCUCUUUACUUUGAUCCUUCCCUUCCUUUCUCUACUCUUCUUUGUUAAAGAAGCUUGUACACUUCUACAUUCCUUUUCUUCUUCUACUAAUUCUCCUUCCUAACAUAAAACCCUUCAAUUAAAUGAUUAAUUAACUCCUAAUUAACCAAUUCCUUCAUCAACAACUUUCCCAAGCAAAGCAUUUUUUCAAUCUCAUUAAAAACCCUUCAUUUCUUUCAUCAUAAAAUCAAACAUUUCAAUCCAACUAAUCAUCAACACCCAUAUACUCUGUUUUCCCACAAUAAUGUCACCUAAAGAAGAAGCACCCGCCGCGGCGGCAACCGAAGCACCAAAAAUGGCACCCCAACAACAACAAGAAGCAGCCCCUGUUAAAACCCACAUUCCAACAUCCAAGUAUUCUAAGAGGGUAGUGUUGAAAACCUUGUUUAGCCGGGAAGAUCGCGGUAUCGGAUUGUCUGGAGAAAGAAUUGUGAUUGGAGGUUGGGUUAAGUCUUCUAAAGAGGUGAGGAAACAACCACCUUUACCUCAACCUGAUACUGCUCAACCUCAACCGGGGGCGAAAGCCGGGCAGAAGGAUGUGACUUGUACUGAAAUUUUGCAGAACCGGAUGCCGAUUUUUCGUACAUUCUUGAAGCUCUUUGGGGUUGGUACUCAUGCCGAGAAAGAUUCAGCCGGAGGCUUAACAUACAGAGCACAACAUCCUGUUAUGUCCACUGUGUUUUUGCAAAUCAGUGAUGGUUCUUGCAUUGACAGUCUUCAGGUUGUGGUGGACUCAACUCUGGCUCCUCCUGGACAAAUAUUGCUAAGUGGUACUUGUAUUCUAGUGGAAGGUGUUAUACAGCGGCCUUCGACAGGCGGAAAGCAUAGCAUCGAGGUUAAAGCCGAAAAGGUGUUACAUCUUGGUGUAGUAGAAGAUCAUGAAAAGUAUCCCUUAUCCAAGAAAAGGCUCCCUUUGCACACUUUAAGGGAUUGGGCUCACUUUCGUCCUAGGACAACUACAGUUGCUUCCAUUACAAGAAUUCGACAUUCCCUUACCCACGCAACACACAACUUCUUUCAGAACAAUGGCUUCCUUUACGUGCAAGUGCCGGUAAUCACAACCACGGAUUCUGAGGGUUUGAGUAACAAAUUCAAUGUUACAACACUUCUUGGUAAGACAAUAACUGAAGAACCAUCCAAUAAGCCAACAAGUGUAACCAAACAAGUUAGUGGUGUUAGCCUUGAAUCCAUUAAGGCUUCUCUUAAGGAGAAGAGUAACCAAGUGGAAGAGCUAAAGAGGACAGAUAGUAAUAGGGAAGCAUUACUUGCCGCGAUUCAGGAUCUUAAGAAAACAAACGAGCUUGCCUCGCAGUUGGAAGCCAAGGAGAAAAAAGAGAAAGAAAAGGCUACUGCUUUGGUUAAGCCUGAUAAACUCGACUUCACAGACGAUUUCUUUUCCUGCCAAGCCUUCCUAACAGUUUCAGGGCGGCUUCAUCUCGAAAGUUAUGCUUGUGCCCUUGGUAAUGUGUACUCCUUUGGUCCAAGAUUUAAGGCUCAAACAUCUCAUUCCACUAGGCAUGUUUCCGAGAUGUGGAUGGUCGAGGCUGAAAUGGCUUUUGCUGAACUAGAGGAAGCCAUGGGCUGUGCUACUGAUCUUUUGAAGCACUUGUGCAAAUGGGUGCUAGAAAAGUGUAAUGAAGAUAUGAAGUUUGUCCUAAAACGGGUGGAUCAAAGCAUUGUUGGCCGUCUACAAUCCGUGGUAUCGACAAACUUUGAGAAACUUCCUUACUGUAAGGCCAUUGAUAUUCUAAAACAGGCUAAAGAGCAGAAGUUCGACAUGAAUGUCGAAUGGGGUGUUCCUCUUACUGAAGAACAUGAAAGCUAUCUGGCCGAUGAAAUCUUCAAAAAGCCAGUAAUCAUUUAUGAUUAUCCUAAGGAAGUUAAGCCUUUCUAUGUUCGAUUAAACGAUGAUGGAAAGACAGUUGCCGCAUUUGAUGUUAUUGUACCUAAGGUAGGAGCAGUGAUUAGAGGGAGUCAGAAUGAAGAACGUGUUAAAGGGCUAAGUACAAGAAUCAAGGAACUAGGCCUGUCAAGUGAACAAUAUGAAUGGUACUUGGAUCUUCGUCGAAAUGGGACAGCCAAACAUGCUGGAUUUAGUCUCACUUUUGAUCUAAUUGUCCUUUUGGCGACUGGAAUCUCGGAUAUUCGUGAUGUUGUCCCAUUUCCAAGGAGCUAUGGAAAAAUUAGCAACUAAAUUCUGCAACUCUAUUUUCUGAAGCUUAAUGUAAUACUUCAACAGGGUCUGAAACAGAACAAAGACCAGGAAUAUGUGCAUGAUUAGUUUAUAAUUAUGUAAUAUUUACUACAAUGAUUUUAAAAAUAUAAUCACUUAUGUAUGUAAAUAUCAUUACAAAAGUAUAGUGAUGUAAAUGAAAUGAUGCUGUAUA